ACUACAUUAAAAACAAAGAAAAAGCUUAACCAAGCGAAAGCAGCAGAUGUCAAAGACACAAGAGUUAUAGAAGAAGAGAACCCAAAUUCUCUCUUUCAUUUUUCUUUAAAAAUCCCAGUGAGGUUUUUGUUCCUGAGAGAGAACCCAGAUGGCAAUCCAACUAGAAAAUCUGGUGCAGUCAAUCAAAUCAAAAGUUAGAGCCCUGAAGAAGUCCAAGAAACCAUACAUCAAGAUGGACAAGAGCGCAAGCGUUAGGGUUGAGAUCCGUAGCAGAAAAGCAAGAAAGCUUAUCGACAAGACUCUUCAAGUUGCCGAUCGUCCUGGAAAACGUGUCAUUUCUUGAUUCUCCUUAGCUUUUCCUCUCCAAUAAAUGCUCUCUAUAUUUCUGUAUAGGUAAAUUUUAGAUUUUGGUUUUGGUGGUUUCUUUCAUGUGCGUGCCUACCGAUUCUGUGUUUUAUCCAAGGAGUUAAAGCCUUUUAAGGCUGGGAACCGUUUCGGGUCUGGCUUGACUGCAGAAUGCUUUGUUUUAUGUAGCGAUCAAUGAAAAGCUUACAUAUUUUGUUUGCUGUUA